CGGGGCGGGCACGGCGGCGGCGCGGGGCGCUCGGGCCGGCGGGGCCAGCGAUGAGCCGGCGCGCGAGAAGGCUGCACGCGCCCGCCGCCCGCAGCGCCCUCCACUCGCGCAGCUGCCCGCCACCCCGGCCCCAGCCAUGGAGGCGCUGAGCAGCCCUGCGGGCGGCGCCCCAGACACCAAGCCGCAACCACCCGGCGCCCGCCACUCGCCGCCGGCGCGCUCUGCAGCGGAUCGCAGGCGGCCGCACCGUGCGCCCUCGCCCGCCCGCCCAGCGCCCCGGGCCCCGGGCGCCGCGCCCGCUGUGCCGCGCGCCCCGGUUCUUGCGGGUCGCCCGCCGUCGUCGCCGGGAUCCCCCGCGCAGCCGGGCCGCCUCUCCAGGCGGGGCGCCGGCGUAUCGAGCGCGAAGGACAAGCCGCUGCCGGGCGCCGGGGCCAGGACGACGGGCGGCGCCAAGGCCGCCCCGGGAGCCCGCAGGGCGGCGCACGCUGUUCCCACCGAGCCGCUGCCCCGCGCAGGGAAGCCACCGGGGCCCGCGCCGCCCAUCGCCGCCGCCAAGGUCCGCAGGGCUAAGCGCGGCCCCGGGGCGUCCUCUGUGCGGGUCCUCCCCUCCCUGAGCCCCGCCGUCCGCACCCCUAAUGCGACCCUCGCCGUGGUCCCCGGCGCGCGCGCUGGCCACACGGACAGCAGCUCCGACCUCUCCGACUGCGCUUCUGAGCCACUGUCUGACGAGCAGCGCCCGCCGCCCGCUGCAGGCAGUGACGUCGAGUCCGGCACCGGCUCCAGCGACCGCGAGCCCGCACAGGGGCCGCACACUCGCGGGGCGCCGCCCGGCAGCUCGGAAACCCUCUCGCACCUCGCCGCACCUGCUGCUGGCCUCGGGUGCCACAGCAACACCGGCGCGGUCCCAUCGGGGUCCCCGGGGCGCAGCGUGGUGGAGAAUGGCGGGGGGCGUGCGCUGCCCGAGCGAGUGGUCCUGGGGACCCCGCAGGAACCCGGCCCGGGCGAGCUGCCGCGGCUCGGGCCGCGUUUGGAGGAAGAGGAGCUGCUGCGAGAGAUGGAGGAACUACGCUCUGAGAACGACUACCUCAAGGAUGAGCUGGAUGAACUCCGUGCUGAGAUGGAGGAGAUGAGAGACAGCUACUUGGAAGAGGAUGUGUACCAGCUGCAAGAACUUCGGCGAGAGCUGGACCGUGCUAACAAGAACUGCCGCAUUCUGCAGUACCGACUCCGGAAGGCCGAGCAGAAGAGCCUGAAAGUAGCAGAGACUGGGCAGGUGGACGGUGAGCUCAUCAGGAGCCUGGAGCAGGACUUGAAGGUAGCCAAAGACGUGUCUGUCCGCCUGCACCAUGAGCUUGAGACCGUGGAGGGGAAGCGGGCGAGAGCCGAAGAUGAGAACGAGACACUGCGGCAGCAGGUGAUCGAGGUGGAGAUUUCCAGGCAGGCCCUGCAGAACGAGCUGGAGAGGUUGAAGGAGAGUUCCCUGAAGAGAAGAGGCAGCCGGGAAAUGUACAAAGAGAAGAAGGUCUUCAUCCAGCAGCAAGCGGGAACGGAGUGCCUUGGGAACUGCAGGCUGCCCACCAAAACCCAAAGGAGGCUGGCGCCCCGGUGCAAGGAUGACAGUGCCGACCUGAAGUGCCAGCUUCAGUUUGCCAAAGAGGAGGCCUCCCUGAUGCGCAAGAAGAUGGCCAAGCUGGACAGGGAGAAGGAUGAGCUGGAGCAAGAGCUGCAGAAGUACAAGUCCCUGUACGGGGAUGUGGACAGCCCCCUGCCCAUGGGGGAGGCUGGCGGGCCCCCCAGCACUCGUGAGGCUGAGCUGAAGCUGCGGCUCAAGCUGGUGGAGGAGGAAGCCAACAUCCUGGGUCGCAAGAUCGUGGAGCUGGAGGUAGAGAACCGGGGCCUCAAGGCGGAGAUGGAGGACAUGCGGGUCCAGCAGGAGCAGGAGGGAGCUGGCCGGGACCUCGUGCCCAGCGUCCCGACCUCACCCUUUGGGGACUCCCUGGAGUCCUGCUCUGAGCUGCGCCGGCACCUGCAGUUUGUGGAGGAGGAGGCCACGAUGCUGCGCAGGUCCAUCUCCGAGAUUGAGGCCCACAACCAGCAGCUGACCCACGAGCUGAGCAAGUUCAAGUUUGAGCCCUGCCAAGACCCAGGGUGGCUCAGGGAUGGCACAGGGAAGUGCGGCACCGCCCCACUGCAGGAAGAGUUGCGCUCAGCCAGGCUGCAAAUCAGCGAGCUGAGCGGGAAGGUGCUCAAGCUGCAGAAUGAGAACCGGGCGCUGCUGUCUGACGCCCACCUCGAGCUGCGGGCCCCAAGUCCCCGAGACAGCGAUGUUGAGAGUGACGCAGGCCGGAAGGAGAGCGAUGCAGAGGAUGGCCGCCCCGGCCAGCCCAAGCGGGAGGGCCCAGUCGGUGGGGAGAGCGACUCAGAUGAGAUGUUCGAGAAGACGUCGUCAGGCUUUGGGAGUGGGAAACCAUCGGAGGCUAACGAGCCCUGCCUGGCAGGGCUGAGGACGCCAGAGGACACAGAACGCCUGGUGACCCUGAAGCAUGAGGCGCAGCGGCUGGAGCGCACCGUAGAGCACCUUAUCACCGACACCGACAGCUUCCUGCGGGACUCACCAGGGGUGCAGGGUGAGGGUGAGAGGGAUGGGGGGGGCCAGGAGGAGCCCCCCCUGCUGGGGUCCAUCAACCGGAAGAUGAAGGCCUUCCGGAAGGAGCUGCAGGCCUUCCUGGAACAGAUGGCCCACCUGGGGGAUGGCCUGUCACCCCAGCCCCACCUCACAGAAUCGACCAGCUUCCUGUCCAGCGUGACCUCCGUGUCCCGGGACUCCCCCGUUGGGAACCUGGGGAAGGAGCUGGGCCUUGACCUGCAGUCCAGAGCGAGAGACCAGCCGGAGUGGCAGCUGGGGCCAGGCCCUGGUGAGGAGCGUGAUGGCCUGCGCCUUCGCACCGCACGGGAGCUGCACCGCCGGGCCGACGGGGAUGCCGGGAGCCACCAGCGCGGGGGCCAGAGCUGCCCCAGCCCCGAGCUCAGGGACUCUCCCGUUCUCCCUGAGCAGAGUGUGUCGGUAGCAGAGCUUCAGGGCCAGCUUGCACAGGCGACCAGACUGCGGCAAGAGGAGACAGAGACAUUGGCAGACACGAUCCGGAAGAUGGAGGAAGAGCACCUGUACGCGCUGCGCUGGAAGGAGCUGGAGAUGCAGAGCCUGGCACUGCAGAGCACACUGCACACGCGCACUUGGGCCGAGGAGCGGGCGCUGCUGCAGGAGGAGCUGGGCUCGCUGAGGCAGAGCAUCUUCCUCUUCUACAUCAAGCUCCGGUGGCUGCUCAUACACUGGCGGCAGGCGAAGCAGACGGGGGACAAAGGGGAGGAUGGCGCCGAGGGUGAACAUACAGAGACCCUCCCUGGGCUUGAGGAGCUUGGAAUCCAGGGUGCCCACCAGGCCGAUGGGCCCGAGUGUGAUGACAGCGACCGAGGCUGUGGCUUUCCAGUAGAGGAGCACAGCCCAGCACAGAUCAGCGACCACGCACUGCGGCUGCAGAUGGUGGACGGGGCGCCGCUCCCCAGGCAGGUGGUGGAAAACCAGCACCUGUUCCGCGCCCUUAAGGCCCUGCUGGAGGACUUCCGCUGCGAGCUGUGGGAGGACGAGCUGGCCCGGCGGCGGCUGCAGCAGCAGUACGCCAGCGACAAGGCAGCCUGGGAUGUGGAGUGGGCCGUGCUUAAGUGCCGCCUGGAGCAGCUGGAGCAGAAGGCGGAGAGAAGUGUGGGCGAGCCGGACACUGCCUCUGAGAGCCGGGGCACGCUGCGGAGGGAGCGGGAGGCCCACCAGCAGCUGCUGGCCGAUAGCCAUGGCCUGGUCAUGGACCUGCGCUGGCAGAUGCACCACAGCGAGAAGAACUGGAGGCGGGAGAAGGUGGAGCUGCUCGAGCGCCUGGACCACGAGCGUCACAAGUGGGAGCAGCAGCAGCAGGAGCUGGCAUGGAGGGUGGAGCAGUUGCAGAAAGAGAACAGUCCUCGGAGAGGUAGCAGUUUCCUCUGUGAUCAGAAAGAAGGCAGCCUGCGCCCCUCCUCCCCUCCAGGAGGGCCACGAGUGCCCCGGCCGGUGUCUGUGUGGCCCUGUGUGGACACUGACUCCCUGCCGUUGGAGGACCAGCCGCUGUCCAAGCUGAAGGAGUCAGACAGGUGCUCCGCCAGUGAGAACCUCUACCUGGACGCCUUGUCCCUGGACGAUGAGCAAGAGGAGCCACCCCUGUCCCGCAGGCCCGAGAGGACGCUCAGGAGCCGCCUCCCCGAGGAAGAAGAAAACCACAAGAGGAGUCUGCAGAGGGUGGUGUCUGUGUCCUCCAUGUCUGAGUUCCAGCGCCUGAUGGACGUCUCCCCCUUCCUGCCGGAGAAGGGCCUGCCACCAGCCAGCAGCAAAGACGAUGUCACCCCGCCCCUGUCCCCCGACGACCUGAAGUACAUCGAGGAGUUCAAUAGCCAGAGCUGGGACCCCUGGGCAGACAGGACCAAGGGUGGGUGGGCAGGGCAGGAGGCCCCAGCAGAGCCUCCCCCCACCUCCUCCUGGUACCUGACCACAAGUGUCACCAUGACAACAGACACCGUGACCAGCCCGGAGCACUGCCAGAAGCAGGCGCUGCGUAGCCACGUCCUGGCUGAGCCAUCAGGGGUGCGUGUGCUGCACAGCCCGCCUGCUGUCCGCAGGGCAGACAGCAUGAGGCCCACAGCGGGUGGCCAGGCCCGGGGCCGGCUGGAUCCUGAAGGCCCAUUGCCCUCCAGCAGAGCCAGAAGAAGCCUGGGAGAGGCCAAGGAACCCCCUGCACUGGGCAGGCGGCCCUGCACCCCCUCCCGACACCCCCGAGACUACACGGAGGGUCCCCUGUGCCCACUCGACCUCCCCCUCUGCACCCCACUGGGGUUCACCACCCCACUGCACAGCCUGGACGUGUCCAAAAACAUGAGUGACGACACCAAGGUGGCAGCCUUCUCCGUCCGGCGCACCCUGUGCUCUUGUCCCACCCGGCCCCAUGUCAGGGAUAUGGCCUGCCAGACGAACGAGUCCCGCUCCACCGGGACGCAGACUGUGCAGUCCAUCAGCGUGGGCCUGCAGACCGAAGCCCUGCGUGCCAGCGGUGUCACCAGCAGCCCCCACAGGUGUCUUACGCCAAAGGCGGGGGGUGGUGCCACUCCAGUGUCGUCCCCAUCCCGGAGCCUUAGGAGCAGGCAGGUGGCCCCUGCCAUUGAGAAGGUGCAAGCCAAGUUCGAGCGCACCUGCUGCUCCCCGAAGUAUGGGUCCCCCAAGCUGCAGAGGAAGCCCCUCCCCAAAGCUGACCAGCCAGCCAGCAGGACCUCGGUGGGGGGCGGCCAGAAAGGGUUCAGCGAGUCAGCCUGGGCCCGCUCCACCACCACGCGGGAGAGCCCUGUGCACCCCACCAUCACUGAUGGCCUCUCCAGCCUCUUCACCAUCAUCGAUCACAGCCCAGCCCUGCAGGACCCCUUUGGGAAGGGCACGCGGGCUGGGAGCCGCUCUCAGGCCGCCCCAGAGCUGGGCCCUGGCCAGGAAACAGGCCCUGGCUCCCAGGGCAGGUCACCCAGCCCCCUGGGCACGGGCAGAGAAGAUGGAGGAGAGGGCACGCCUGUAAGGCAGGACCUGUCCGCACCCCCUGGCUACACACUGGCUGAGAGCGUAGCCCGGAUUCUCAACAGGAAGCUGCUGGAGCAUGCCUUAAAGGAGGACAGGAGGCAGGCCCCCCACGGCCCCACAAGCCUCAUCAGCGACAGUGUCAUGGGAGACACAGCUCCAGCUGAACCGGGGACCAUGGAGGAACUGCCUUGUUCCGCACUCGCCCCGUCCCUAGAGCCCUGCUUCUCCAGGCCUGAGAGACCAGCCAACCGUCGCCUGCCAUCCCGGUGGGCUCCUCCCAUCCCCACUGCCUCAGGGUCUCGGUCACCCGGGCCCCCUGCAUCCCUGGAGGAGCACGGUGAGGAGGACACCCCUGAGGAGAAGCCACACCUGUGAUGCCAGCCUGCACGGACCAUGGAGCCACGCGCCGCACCGUCGUCCAGGCCCCGGAGGAGAGAGGGUGUUUCCCAGGGUCCAAGGACACUUCCACAACACCUGGCUGGGAGUGUCCUGCCCGUGACACCAAGAUGUUUCUAGAAUGGAACAGUAAAUGUGCCUGUAAUAACUAACUUCUUUUCAUAGCUCAGAAAACUAUUUUUGUCUCCAUCUUUUUUACACACAGUGUAUUAAACAAAACGAACAGGUAAAUAAGGUUAUAAACAGAUUCCAAAUGGAAAAGCUUUCAAGUGUACCUUGGAAGGGGUCUGUCCCCUGCUCCCACCCGGAGGCCUCUGUUACACCCCGCCCAUCCCUUCGGGUCGGGCUUCUGUCCACGCUGGAUGUAGAGUGUUUUUAUGUUAACUUUAUUUUGUCUGCGUUGAAUUUUUUAAAAUGCUUUGGACUGUCUGCUUCAGUGAUCUUUUCGUGGUGAAGGCCGGAUUCAACAGCCUCUCCGAGGCGGGGGAGGCGGGUUCCAGUUCAGGGAGGGACAGAGGCCUGAUUCAGUUCCAAACCUGUGGUGCAGCCCGCACCCCACGCCUGGCCUGCGUCCAGCUGCAUGAAACCCCGCUGUCCCCCACUUGCCCACUCCUGCUGUCUGUCUGGCCCCCUGUGAUCAUCCUGAAGUCCUCGUGGUGUUCCAUUAUGGUUGGUCCCUUGCAAUGAUGCGACUACAGCAAUCUUUUUAAAUUAUUGUUCACAGAUUACCCUGCAAUGUGCGCAUCCCCGAAGAACUGUGUGUAGGGGAACACUGCAGGGAGGCGUGAGGGGGUCUCGGGGUCAGCCUUGGGCCGCGAGAAGUGGAAUAAAGCCUUUACCAGGUGGUA